UUGACCAGAGUCCAAGAAAUCACUCAGAUCCCCAACACAGUUUAUUUCAUGCAUGACUUUUCCAUACAGGCUUGUCUAUGCUACUGCAGAAAUAGAUAAAGGAAUAAAGAAGCAAAACCGAUAGCCCGUUUGCAAUUACAGAAAAAAGCGGACUGCUUCGUAUAGAGGAUGUAUAAUGGCGUCUGAGUUAGAAGCUGCACUGCCACCCAUCACAACUGUUGGUCGCCAACCUGUUAAUUAUGGGCAUCCUCCGUCAGCCAGAUAUGGAAAACUCUCAGAAAAGAUCCGUCGAACGGCUCCAGGGGAAUUUCAGUGUUCUGUCUUCUGCGGUGGAAAGAGAUGCAAAUACGACAGUGCAACGUGGCACAAAGAAGACAUGGCAAUCCAUGGAAUUUAUUCUCACUGGAUUACAAAUGACAUUCUAGCAAUGGCAAGACCCAACUCAGAGGCUAUAGAAAAAUAUAAUAUCAUACAGCAGUUUAAAGACAAAGGAAUAUCUUCCAUUAUAAAUCUUCAAAUGCCCGGUGAACAUCCACACUGUGGAAAUCCUUUAGAUGCAUCAGGUUUUUCAUAUAAUCCCCAGCUGUUUAUGGAUAAUGACAUUUUCUUCUAUAACUUCAGAUGGAAAGACUAUGGCACAGCCUCUGAAACCAAUGUGCUCGACAUGGUGAAAGUAAUGGCCUUUGCCCUCAGCGAAGGCAAGGUAGCCGUUCAUUGCCAUGCCGGCUUAGGCAGGACUGGUGUCCUCAUUGCUUGUUACUUAGUGUACUCCUUGAGAUGCAAGCCAAAUGAUGCUAUACGAUAUAUCAGGAUCAAAAGACCUUGUGCAAUCCAAACCAGAAGCCAAAUUAGCUGCGUUCAGCAAUUUGCUCAAUUUAUUUUACCUUUAUUUAUAGUCUUUACGAAUGUAGUACCAAAAGGAUCUCCAUUUACUUUAAAUCAACAUUUAGCACGUCAGAAGAGAAUUGUGCAUGGUCUUGAGGCCAGACAACUGAAGUUUAUUCCAAAAAUUUUAUACAUCAUAUGCGAACGUCUCUUACAUUUAGCUAACUGCAACAUGCUUUCUCCUAUUCUACAACAAAUUUGUUAUGACAUGGACAGCCCAGUAAGUUUCUCCAACUACUUCUUGUCAGCCACUUCGAGCACUGACACCCAUUGGAGACCAUCUUCCAGUCUCACUAUGAUGGACUUAGACUGUUCAUCUGGAGACACUUCAACUACAUCUCCUGAUGGUAGUCAAGAACUGAAAACUUUAAACGCAACAAAAAGGACUGGUCCGCCUAGCAGAGGAGCAGCUUACUAUUUGGACACUUACGACUCCAGGUGUGACCAGAGUUCUGGAGAUUAUGCAUCUACCCCAGAUCUUCAAAAUAGAUUGCCUCCGGAUGGCAGAAGCACUGGAAGUCUGUCUGCUGAGCGACGAAUGUAUCAAGAUGAAUAUCCUGAUGAUUACAACGAUUAUGGAGAUGAUUUUGAAACAAGUGAUGAAAGUAUUGAUUCUAUGUUGAUGGAUGAAUCUCCUGGUAUGUAUCUAGCCAACAACACUUGCUACCAAGAACUUAAUAAUCAUAUGGAACUUAGCUCCAACGAUGGAUCCAGUACUAAUGAUGGAGACACUUUAUUAAUGGAAGAUCGUGUAACGCCAACCGAUGUUGUAAAAGCUUUGCUAUGUGACCAUUUACUUUUAGGAAAUGAUUUCCAAAAUAAGUUGAAGGAAUUUCAGAAAGAAUUAAAUAAUCGAUCUUCUGCUUGGGAAAGACUGAAAAGAGAAAAAGAUAUAAUAUUUCUUACUGGGCUUAUGUGGAGUUGGAUUGAACAUUUGAAGGAGCCGAUUUUGUCUAAACAGGAUUUGACUUAUAUCGUCAUUCGAGCAGAAAAACCAGUGAAUGCUUUAGUAAGACUAGACAAAGGUACUCGGUAUACAACAGAAUACAUGAUCCGUUUUAUUGCUCGCCUGGUGCCAAAUUCCACUAAUAUUGUAGAUGAUCUUCUGAGAAGAUUAGUGGCAUCUUUAACUCAUCAAACCUUGGCUAUCAAAGGAGCUUUGUGUCCUGUAGGAGCUAAAUGGCCGAAAAUGCGCGAAGGAACGACCAGGCAUUUGAUGAUGUUCGUUCGUGGACUUUAUGACAUCGUAACCGGGUUGCAGAAUAAAUCUGACGAUGCCUCAAAAGAGGACAACCAUCCAACCAGUGCCAGAUCAUCUAGUAAUGUGAACAGUAACAAAUUCAGUCGAGUUGCUGGAAGAGCAUAUUUGGGAUUGAAUUUGAUGGUAAAAGCCAUCGGUAAGCCUACUGUCCCUUGAAUAUCACAAGCUUCGAUGGUAAACAAAACAAGAGUGAAUCAGUAACAUUCAAAAGAAUGAUAUGCUUGCCUCUUCAAAUUUGGAAUGUUUGUUUUCAGUCAGUCUCCAAAAUGAUGCACGUAUAAAAUGAAAAGAGAUGGUGAGGACAGAAAUACAAACAUGGAUCUUUGCAAGAAUUCCAUUGUAAAAUAUGCUUCCAAAUAGUCGAUGGAAUAUUAUCGUGAGAGAAUUUAUUAUAUAGAGAGAAAUUAUUGCAUGUAAUAUCUAAAACAAAAUUUUAUUCACUGUUCUUGAAAAGCGAUGUUGUAGAAAAUAAUACUAUAAUGUAUAUAGAACAGUAUUUCUAAGAAUAUCUAAGCUAUUUAUCAUAUUGCAUAGCACUUAUUCUUUAUUUACUUGAAAUGUUUCAUGCACAAACAGUUUUAUCAUUUACAAAUCACUUAACAUAGUUUUAAAUACCACGCUAACGUGAAGUAUAGUUCUUUACACUUUUCGUACGAUUUUAUAAAUGUAUAUUUGCACUUUUUUUUUCUCAGUGAGAAUUUCUCUGGAUUAACAAUUUUCUCUAAAUCUACGAACAAGAUUAUUAACUAGGCUCUUCCAUUUGUGGCUACCAUUAUGGACUUAACACUUAUGAAGAAACAUUCAUUAUUAUAGAAUGUAAGCGGCUACUUAUAGAAAUUUUAUUAAAUAUUCAAUAUAAUAUAUAACUUUUUAAAAGGUAGAUAUACUUUAUAAAAUCUAUUUCAUUUAUCUGUUAUUAAUUGAUAACUUUAACAAAGGUAGCAGAAAGAAUUAAGAUGUUGAAUUAUUAGUUGAAGCAUUCUUCAGUAAGAAAUGCUGUCAUUUCUUCUUCGUCGAGAUUCGUUUUUCGUUCACAUGUAAAAAGAUACUCUUGGAUGCAAUCAAAGUAUUGUUUAUGUAUUUAAAGUUUAAAAAGGUAUUCUCUCAGGUAUUCAUUCUUUUCUCUUACUCUAACAGUUUUUAGCACCUUUGAUGAGUAAAUUUUCACACUUAAAUCUGUAUAUAAAUAAAAGUGCCUUUAAUA